CCACCAGUGCCUAGCAUUCUGCCCAUCAGUGUCGCCAGUCAGUGCUGUCAAUCAGUGCCAUCAGUCAGCACCGCCCAUCAGUGUCGCCCAUCAGUGUCACCUAUCAGUGCUCAUCAGUGCCGCCUAUCAAUGCCCAUCAGUUCCGCCUAUCAGUGUCCAUCAUUGCUGCAUAUCCGUGCAGCAUCAUCAGUGCCUCCUCAUCAAUGUCCACCAGUGCCGCCUCAUCAGUGCUGCCUAUCCAUGCCACCUCAUCAGUGCCCAUCAGUGCUGCCUAUCAGUGAAGCUUCA